AUGAAAGGCAAAGCUCGCGCCACGCAUCGCACUCUCAACAAGGUGGGCCCUGUGUCAGACAAGAAGCCUGUUGGCUUCGAAUCUGUUCAGACCGACUUAGGUGCUUCGACAAGUCGAACGCAGCGGAAGGGCAGUGGAAGGCCAUCAGCUCCCGUGCCCACUAAUGAGGCCGCCACCUCUGCAGUUGCUCGCACUGGUGUUGCAAGCCGGAGUUCGUCAGCCCCUGUACCCACUAAUGAGGUCGUUGCCUCGGUAGUGGUCCAGACUGACAUUUCUGAUGCAGACCAGACUGCCUCAACGAGCCGUUCACUUUUUGGGCUGCGCUUGCCCAAGGACCUCGUUUUCACCAAAAAAGGAAAAUCACUCCCUCAACCGCGUUUUAGUAUAUCUUGGACGCCUGGACAGAACGUUCUGGAACAUUCAACAGAUCGUUGGUCAAUUUUUCGGGACGGUCUGGAGGAAAACUCAUUAAUUAGCGACACGCGGAUAAGCUCUAUUGAGGAGGCCCUCAAGAAGUCAUUCCCCGGUAAGUACAAGGAUGGUAUUAAUCUAAUCUAUGUUGAACUCAGCGCUGACUUCAAGCCCCUCAAUCAGGAUCCCUUCCCCAACCAUCAAUGGUCGGACUUGUAUCGGUUUCCCGGUAUUCACCCCCAAGCCAUCGCUGCGAAUCUACAUGCGACCAACACACAGUGGCCUCGGCUCAAUGACGAGAGCACGCCCUCACAUUUACUCAUUUAUCCUUUUGCCCCUUCAUGGGAUUUCACUCACUUCCCUGUCCUUUACGACCGAUCACGACCUUGGCGGUCGUACAGCCUGGUGGUCCGCACCGAUCCUUGGAAUGAGAACAUAUCGUGGUACGAAGAUUACAAGAUCUUGGAGCCCGAAUGGUUGAUACAGCGAGAGAAGAUUGCAAGUAGGCUCAAGCAAUGCGUUCUCGUGUUUAAGACUGUCAGCAAUAUUGCGGACUUCGUAUCGCUCUCACUGCCAAAGCCAGACGAGUGCAAGUUCGACGUUCUGAAGGACUGGGAUCGAUUACUUGAUCGGCGCCCCUGUCGAGAUCUCCUCGAGUUUGGUCAACGGUACCAAAAAGCCCCAGAUCCGCCAAUGUUUGAUGACACCGAGGAGGGUUUGGCGAAGUUCGAAGCUACGCAUGAACGCUAUGACCGGGAGGAAAGGGAAGCCCAGCACCAUCCCUAUGGCGCUCUCUUGAUCGCCCGAGCCUAUCUGGGCAUAGGCGAGGCGCAACGGGAGGUUGGGAAUAUCAUCGCUGGCAUGGCUGGCAAAAAUGUGAGAUCGACAACCUGGGGCAGUAAAAGACAGACACCGCUAGAGCGGUACUGUAUGCGAAAGUGGGCAAAUCCGGUGAAACUCGACAAAACUGAGUUCUCUCGCCGUCAACAAUUAUCCAGAGAGUAUCUGCAACUCAUAGGGGAAUUCACGGAGCCUCAAGCGAAUCCUAUACCCGUGACCGCCAAUGAGGAUACGGGUGUUGCAGGAUCACUCCAGGCAAAAACGCGGGGUCCUGUUAAGGAAUUCGUUGAACCUCCGACUCAUUCUGCAGCUGCAGCUGCCAGCGGGAUUAUGGGUCUCGCAGGACCAUUGCAGACAAGGAUGCACGAUCCUGUAUCUCAAACGCAUGGAGGUGAACAAUCGGCACCAUUGCAUAUGAGCGGAGCGUCAGGUUCAGGUUCCAUGGAACUUGACGAGGGGCGUCGCGAAGUGGGCAGUCGAACAACCCAACAUUCUGCUUCACGCGUGGAAACUCGAUCUUAUCGGUGUCCGAGUGGGCCUAUUGGACGAAGAUGGGACGCACAAAAGCAUCUCAGUGAUGCAUUGAAUCGCAGGCCUGCUCGUGGUCGUGUUCUUGCAAGGGAUCGUGAGACUUACCAUGAUCACCCUCGGCAUUGGCAGCCUCCCCAUGACAAGCGUGAAGAUCGUAGGGGGGACUAUCAUAGACGAUCGAUGAUGAGUCGUUCACGUAGCCCGGUGCGCCACCGCCGGAAUUCAUCCUCUCCCCCUUCACUUCGUCGCCAUCGAUCACCUUUCAGCUUUCCAUUUUCACGUCGUCGCCAUCACUCACAUUCUAGCUCUCGCUCCUGCCGCCGCUCACACUCCCCUCAUUCUCGCUCUCAUUCUCGCUCACGCUCCCCUGACCGUUCUCGUUCUCGUUCUCGCCCUCGUUCUUAUUCCGUUUCCCGCUGUCUUCAAUCCUCUCAUCGUCGCAGUCGAUCCGCCUCAUGCCCUCCGAGUCCCCUCGGUCCAUCUCGUCAGGUUGCAUCACCCAUUGAGAUGCAAGUAGAUGUCCCUUCGUCAAAUCCUAGGCCUCUACCACAGCCGGGAUGCCACCUCUCUCAGCAAGUGCCCGUCUUGCGCAUGAUCCAACCUCAUUCUAUCCCAUUUACAUCCUGGCAUUGUCUGACAACACCGCUCGAAGACAAACAUUUCCAAGCUUUCGGCAAGGCCGAUUUGGACGUAUGGGCAGCCCCUCUCUUUGAGGUUCGUGGUGUGUAUGCAGUUGCUCAAGCCAAGGCAAGCAAAUCGGCUUUGAAGUAUGGGAAAACACGCAUUGCGAUCCUUGCAAAGCACCGUGAUGUUCUCGACCGAGUCACUCAGCUCAUCUCGGAGAACAACGCACACUAUCAUGCCCUGCUUGCUUUCGCAAUCUUCAGUCCUUUGGAUCCAUUCUCCGGGAAAGAAGCGGCAUCAUAUUCCUGGGUAUCCAAGGUUGACCUUCACUUCGUGGGUUGUGUUUGGGAGAGUGUCCCAUUUGAGGAGCUUCGCUCAAGACUUCUCACAGAUGCGCCGCUGGUCCUGACAAAUGACAACGUUGGCGAAGAACUCCUUUAUCAUGGAUUUGAUCCGCUCGUGUCAACUGAGGCUCAAGCCACCCCGAGGAAUGUAAAGCUGCAUUCCUUUGAUUUCAGCCCACAUGUCCUCGAUGCUUGGUAUGACACGAUGCCAUUGCAAUUCAAGAGUUAUGGGGUGACUCGUUUUAUGUUCGUCGCACGUGCAUAUGAUUCGGCUCUGUUCAAGGGAAGGAAAGCAUUCAUGGCGGAAAUCUGGCGGACUGAGUCAGUUAUUGACGCUGCUCUUCGGAAUCUCUUGGAGUAUCUCUGCGAGAACUCCCAAGACGUCAUUUGCAGAGAGUCGAAGGAGAAGACAGAAUCAUUUCAGUAUCUCAGAGGGCAACGAAAAUGGCGACUCACCGUCGACACUGCCAUCAAGGAUUAUUGUCCUUACUUCAAGGUGAAGUAA